AUGCGUGUUCUGCUUCCCUUGAUGUUGUUGAAGUCCAGAACACCUAGCUACCUUCAUCUUCUUCGCAUUCACAGCAGCGAAUCUCCAAAUCCGAGCACCUGCACAACUAUGAAGAAUCCGAGACUAUGGUAUAACACAAUCAUGGUGCAAGGGUUAAUUGGGAUCACUCGACACUACAGAUCAAAUCCAAAAGUAGAUUUUAAGAAACUGAGGCCCAUGAUUCUGAAGAGGAUCGAGAAUCGAGCCAAAUAUUAUCCAGUAAAAGAGAUGAUCCCUGUUGCUUAUGAUGUCGUAAGAUCAAGAAGCCUUUUGAUUCAAGGCGUAUCCACUCUUCUCCAAGUAAUACCCAUCUGGUCUUGCAAAUUCUGUCAAGAAGUAUACAUUGGUGAAAAGGGUCACGCAAUCAAAACCUGCCAUGGGUACAAACGUCAUUCCAAGAACAAACCCCACGAAUGGAUCAAAGGAGGUAUAAAUGACAUUCUUGUCCCUGUAAACACAUUCCACCUAAAAACCAUGUUCCAAAAUGUGAUCAAACACGAUGAACGAUUCGAUUACAACCGAAUACCCGCAAUUCUUGAACUCGCGCUCCAAGCAGGUGCUGAUUUUGAUUUUGACCACGAGGGUAUAUCCGGAAACAAAAUUGAAUGCUUAGGUGUUGAAUCUUUAUCACCCAAUGAUCUAAGGGUAAUUUCGGAAGGAACUUUAAAUGCAUGGGAGGUGGUUAGAUCAGGUGUUCAAAAGUUGAUGAUGGUUUAUUCGGCUAAAGUUUGUAAAUAUUGUUCGGAGGUUCACGUGGGCCCAUCUGGACAUAAGGCGCGAUUGUGUGGGGUGUUUAAGUAUGAGAAGUGGCGUGGAGGGCAUUUUUGGAAAAAAGCCGAGGUGGAUGAUUUGGUGCCUGAAAAGGUGGUGUGGUUUCGUAGGCCUCAAGAUCCGGUUGUUCUUGAGGAUAAGUGGCGGUCAUUUUACGGACAUGCCCCUGCGGUUGUUGAUUUGUGUACGAAAGGUGGUGCGGUGGCACCGGUUAAGUAUUAUUGUAUGAUGAAACUUCAAGGGUUAUCUGCUGAUGUGGCAUUUAAGACUCGCUGA